GUGGUCAGAGACUCCUUGCGGAUUCCCGUCCCCACCGCCGCCUUGGCCGGAUUCCAGGCUCGUGGCAGAAAGGCUGGUGUUCCCAAAGCAGGACAGAUGAAGAGACAGAAAAACGUCCUUGUAUAGAUGCUAAUGGAGGUGAAGAUUGUACAGCUGCUAAUACAGAGAUGAACAAUUCAGGACACGAAGAGAAGACUCUUGUACCCACGAGACCUGGCAUUCUUGUCCAGAGACGGAGUAAAGCAGUGGUGGCCACACGCUUAGGAAAUGGAGGGGAUGUGAAAGAUGAAGAGGAGGACAAAAUAAAAGAGAAGCAAAAGGCUGAGAAUGCUGGAGAAAAUGGUCAAGAGAACGACUGUUUGCAAAAACCACCCAUACCUGUCACUGGAAGUCCUUCAGUUGUUGAUAACCAUAAAAGACCUUUAAAAGGAGUGACAUUUUCUAGGGAGGUAAUUGUUGUGGACCUUGGAAAGGACAAUCCUAUAGCUCGAAGCUAUACUCGAUUACAUAAAGAGAGAAAAUGAAGCUCAAAAAAGGCUGAGCGUGAAAGAGAUGCAACCUUAGACUAACAAUGAAAUGACUGGGGGUACAAAAUCAUGUUGAAACA